CGUGCUAUCAGUGUAGCCUCAAUCAGCCGGUUAACGCCGCAAACAACGCAACUCGCAAUAGAACUACCUUGCUCCAGCGAUUUUUCAACAACCUAGCCGAGAAAAUGUCGAGAGAUCCUGCCUCCGAUCAACUAAACAACUACAAGAAGUCCGUGAAGGACCCGCCAACACUUCUCACCGCAAAUGGAGCGCCGAUCGCCAACAAAAAGGCCUCUCAAACUGUUGGUCCGCGAGGACCGCUUCUUCUCCAGGACUUUGUCUAUCUCGAUGAGAUGUCGCAUUUUGACAGGGAAAGAAUUCCCGAGCGAGUUGUGCACGCCAAAGGAGCUGGUGCUUUCGGUUACUUCGAGGUGACUCACGACAUCACCAAGUAUUGCAAGGCUAAAAUAUUCUCGAAUAUUGGUAAGAAGACCCCGUUAGCGGUGCGCUUUUCGACCGUUGGUGGCGAAAGCGGAUCCGCCGACACCGUCAGAGAUCCACGAGGAUUCGCCGUGAAGUUCUACACCGAGGAAGGAAUUUGGGAUCUGGUUGGGAACAACACUCCCAUCUUCUUCAUCAAAGACCCACUGUUCUUCCCGAGCUUCAUUCACACGCAAAAGAGGAACCCGGUUACACAUCUGAAGGACGCCGACAUGUUCUGGGAUUUCAUCACCUUGCGACCAGAGACUACCCACCAAGUGAUGAUACUGUUCAGCGACCGAGGUAUUCCCGACGGUCAUCGUCAUAUGAAUGGCUAUGGUUCGCACACGUUUAAGCUCAUCAACGAUAAAAACGAGAUGGUUUACUGCAAAUUCCAUUACAAGACCGAUCAGAAGAUCCAGAAUCUCUUCCAGGACAAGGCCGACCAGUUGGCGUCAUCCGACCCGGACUACAGCAUUCGCGACUUGUAUAACGCGAUCGCGAGCGACAAUUACCCAUCCUGGACGUUUUACAUUCAAGUGAUGACUGCCAGCCAAGCUGAAAGCUUUAGGUGGAAUCCGUUCGACCUCACUAAGGUCUGGCCGCACGCGGAAUUCCCAUUGAUACCAGUCGGCAAGAUAGUGCUGAACAAGAACCCAGAGAAUUACUUUACCGACGUGGAGCAGGCGGCCUUCGAUCCAGCACACAUGGUGCCUGGUAUCGAGCCAAGCCCCGACAAGAUGCUUCAGGGUCGGCUGUUCGCUUACGGCGACACCCACCGACACCGACUUGGCCCCAAUCAUCUGCAACUAGCCGUCAAUUGCCCAUACAAGAUGAUGCCGACGAUAAAUUACCAACGCGACGGCUUCAUGGCGGUGAACAAUCAAGGCGGCGCGCCCAACUAUUUCCCUAACAGCUUCGGUGGCCCGGAGGAAUGCCCGGGCGUCACCUCGCCGGCCUACCACGUGAGCGGCGACGUCGACCGUCACGAGCCCGUCAACGAAGAUGAUUACAGCCAGGCGACCGACCUUUGGCGUAAGGUGCUUAAGCCUGACGAGAGAGACAGAUUGGUCUCCAACGUCGUUGGCCAUCUCAAGAACGCGUCGAGCUUCAUUGCCGAGCGUGCCGUGAGGAACUUCUCCAAUGUCGACGUUGAGCUGGGCAGAAGACUCACCGAGGGACUUCGCAAGAAUGGAGUGCACGUGAACGCUUUAGGCAAGACGGCCAAUCUGUAAACAAGCAAAGACUAUCAAUUCCGCGACCGAAUUGUGCUUCUCUUUGUCACUUUCUAAGCUUAUCAGUUUUACUUGUAUUAUCGUUGUGGUGGUUUUUGGACAAUAAAAAGAGCAUUUGUAUUUUGAUAUAUA